AUUCUCUCUUGUAGGGCAUGAUUUUAAUUGAAUUUCCUUUCUUUUAUUGCCCUCCCCUUUCCUUCCCUUCUGAUUAAUUUCUCUCCAUCUCUUCUUCUACAAUCAUGAACAACAUGAUGGAAGAAUUUGAUAUCGAGACAUUAUCCAACAAUCGAAACAUCCUUUGACAAUCCCACCCUACACAAAAUUAAGCUAAAAGAAUCAAUUCAAGCAAAAAAAAUGGAGAAGAAAGAAGCAAUUUUGUUCCAAAAAUACGAAGUAGGGCGGUUGUUAGGGCAAGGGAAUUUUGCGAAAGUGUACUAUGCUAGGCACAUUGUCUCGGGUAAAAGCGUAGCGAUGAAGAUCGUAGACAAAGAUAAAGUCCUAAGGGUUGGAAUGAUAAAACAAAUUAAACGAGAAAUCUCGGUGAUGAGACUCGUUCAACACCCUAACAUUGUACAACUCUACGAAGUCAUGGCGAGCAGGACAAAAAUCUAUUUCGCCAUGGAAUAUGUUAAGGGCGGCGAGCUUUUUAACAAGAUUUCUGAAGGAGGGAAGUUAAAGGAAGAUGAAGCUAGAAAGUACUUUCAACAACUUAUAAGUGCUAUUGAUUUUUGUCAUAGUCGUGGGGUGUACCAUCGCGAUUUAAAGCCUGAAAAUCUUCUUUUAGAUGAGAAUGGUAACCUAAAGAUAUCUGAUUUUGGGUUAAGUGCAUUGCAAGAAACAAGGAGGCAAGACGGGCUAUUACACACGACGUGCGGUACUCCAGCCUAUGUUGCACCAGAGGUGAUCAAUAAGCAAGGCUACGAUGGUGCUAAGACCGAUAUAUGGUCAUGUGGGGUUGUGUUAUAUGUGCUACUAGCUGGUUUUUUACCAUUCCAUGACACAAAUAUUAUGGACUUAUACCGUAAGGUUAGCAAGGGAGAUUUUAAGUUCCCAAAUUGGUUCCCACCUGAGGUCAGGAAACUCUUAUGUAAGAUACUUGACCCGAACCCAUACUCGAGGAUAACUGUUGCAAAAUUAAUGGAUAAUCCUUGGUUUCUAAAAGGCUUCAAAGAUGUAGUUGGAUCUAAGGAUGUUGAAGUUCCUCCUACAACUCCUAGGGAUGUUAGCAUUGUGUUUAAUGACAUUGAUUUUGAAGGUACUAGUAGUUCUCCUACGAAAGUAGACGAAAGUAGCGAUGAUUCAACCCCAAUGAAGCCCACAUAUUUAAACGCAUUCGAUAUUAUCUCCCUCUCGUCGGGGUUUGAUCUAUCUGGUCUAUUCGAGAAGGACCAUAACAAGCACCAACCCGAGGCUCGGUUUACCACUUGUCAGCCUCCCUCAACGAUAGUCUCGAUAUUCGAAGACUUAGCUCAUGUAAAUAACAAGUUUAAAAUCCAUAAGAAGGAUGGGAUAAUGAAGUUGGAGAGUAACAAAGAAGGGAGAAAAGGGCUACUCAAAAUUGAUGCAGAGAUAUUUCAGGUAGCUCCAAUGUUACAUGUGUUAGAGGUCAAGAAAUCCAGUGGUGACACAUUCGAGUACAACGAGUUCUGUGACCGCGACUUAAGGCCUGCUUUAAGGGACAUAGUUUGGUCUUGGCAAGAAAGCAAUGCACCUUACAUUACUCAACAACAACCGCAACUACCGUCGGAACAGGUUGUUUAAGGAAUGUUUUUUUUUUGAGGCUGUUUAACAUAAAAGUCUUUUCAAUAUAAACUUAAAUUCAAGUUUUUGGCAGAUGAAUUGCUGAUUGUAUAAAUUUGUAAUUUUUGAGUUGUUGAUGUACCUUUAUGUAAUUUAAUAUCUUCCAUUUUUCAUGUUGGUUGAAUGGUUUAUGUAUAUAUAUAUGUAAAGAAAAUUGGUAUGAAAA